AUGAGCCAACACGACAAACCAAUUGAAGAUAAUCCGAAUUUAACAUUAGGGCAACCUUUAAGCGACUUUUUGUUGCAGCUAGAGGAUUACACGCCAACAAUUCCAGACGCAGUCACUGCCUAUUAUUUACGUUCCUCCGGCUUUGAGCCAAAAGAUCCACGUCUUCUACGUUUAAUUUCAAUUGCUGCACAAAAAUUUAUAUCUGAUAUUGCCAAUGAUGCACUACAGCACUGCAAGAUGAGGUCCAGCAACUCUUCAAGCAGCCAUGGAAGUUCGAAGACUUCCAAGGGAUCUAAAGACCGCAGGUACUGUCUCACAAUGGAUGAUUUAACUCCAGCACUUGCAGAGUUUGGAAUUAGCAUUAAGAAACCAUCAUAUUAUGUUUAG